AACUUCAUCACGGUGGCGAAACUUUCAACGAACGUUUGAAGAGUUUCUGCUGCGAGAGCCGGAGACUUUAUUAAAUCCGAGCAGCGGAUGAACAUACAUCGAUGCAAUAUGGGAAGUUUAUUCACUAGCCUUUAAACUCAGGAAACAUGGCAUUACUCUUUCAUGUAAAUCUCGGGAGAAGCUCUGAACGCGGUUGAAUCGAGUGAAAAUGGGCGAUGAAUCAAAGCCAGUGGACGGAGAGGUGAAUGAUAAUAAAUAUUUAACAAAAACAGCCGCGGCUGAUGCUGAGGUGACUUUUGAACACCAAAACGCACCGCCGGAAACGCGUUUAUAUAAAAAGAGAUGGAUCAUAGUAUUUUUAUUCAGCUCGUAUUCGCUAUGUAACUCCUAUCAAUGGAUUCAAUACGGAAUCAUCAACAAUAUCUUCAUGCGCUUCUACGGCGUGGACUCUUUCACCAUUGACUGGAUGUCCAUGAUUUACAUGUUGACGUACAUUCCGCUCAUUUUUCCCGUCUCGUGGCUCUUGGAUAAAAAAGGUCUGAGGGUCAUCGCGCUCGUGGCAGCGGCUCUGAAUUGCACAGGCACGUGGAUCAAGGUGGCCAGCGCGAGACCGGACCUUUUCCCGGUGACAUUUAUGGGUCAGUUCACGUGCUCAGUGGCGCAGGUGUUUAUUCUCGGGAUGCCCUCGCGCAUCGCAUCGGUGUGGUUCGGAUCGAAAGAAGUGUCCACUGCCUGCUCCAUCGGGGUCUUCGGAAAUCAGUUGGGGAUCGCCAUAGGCUUCCUUGUUCCGCCAAUACUGGUUCCAAAUGUGGACGAUCUGGACGAGUUAGCGGCUCACAUCAGAGUCAUGUUCUACAUCACGGCGGGAGUGGCCACCUUCCUGUUUGUGUUGGUUGUCAUUGUGUUUCAGGAGCGUCCGGAGAUCCCUCCCACCCACGCUCAAGCCGCAGCUCGGAGGAUCUCUCCAGAGAGCUACUCGUAUACAGGAUCCAUCCUCAGGCUGCUCCGCAACAAAGCCUUCAUCCUCCUCGUCAUCACUUACGGGCUGAAUGUUGGCUGUUUCUAUGCUGUCAGUACGCUUCUCAACCGAAUGAUCAUUGAACACUAUCCUGGAGAGGAGGUGAACGCCGGCAGGAUCGGCCUCACCAUCGUGAUCGCUGGCAUGGUGGGAUCCCUCAUCUGUGGGAUCUGGUUAGACCGAUCUAAGACAUACAAACAAACAACACUAGCCGUGUAUCUGAUGUCGCUUGUGGGUUUGGUGCUUUAUGCUUUUACCUUGGAUCUGGGUCACUUGUGGGUGGUCUUCAUCACUGCAGGAACCCUCGGGUUCUUCAUGACGGGUUACCUUCCACUUGGUUUUGAGUUUGCUGUCGAAUUGACUUACCCAGAGUCUGAGGGGACGUCUUCAGGACUUCUGAACUGCUCUGCACAGGUAUUCGGGAUCAUAUUUACAAUCUGUCAGGGGAAAAUCAUGGAUUCGUUUAAUACUCUGGCUGGAAAUCUCUUCCUGUGUGCCUUCCUGCUGAUAGGAACCAUCAUUACAGCUUGUAUCAAGUCGGAUCUGCGCAGACAGUUGGCAAACCAGCAAGCACUGGCAGCUGCAGCAUUGGGCAGGUCAGACGUUCAGGAUCACAGUGGGACGUCUCUCCACCCCUCCACACACAUGUGAUCAAUCAAUCACUGCUUGAUUUUAUUGCUCACUGUGGUUCAGAUCCAUGUGGAAGCAUCACUGGCACAAGCUUUUGAAGCCAAACUCUAAUGUGAUCGCAGGACGGAUCGUGUGGCAUGUUUAUCUUUUAUAGUUUUCAUCUGGUCUUGAAUUUUGAUUUAUUCUUUGCCUUGGGACCUUUGAGUAAUGCUGUAUUGUGUGUGUGUGUGUGUGUGUGUUUGAAUUGAGUCCAGUGUUUAUAACAGCCAGGGAAUGAUCAGGUGUUUGUUUGUAUGGUGUGAUCAUUUGUGUUUAUUUGAUCACUAAUCAUCUCAAGUAGGAUAUAUUCUAAUUUUUUAACUAGUUUAUCAAUUGAUGAUUUAAAUUAUUAAUGUUAACAUUUAAAAUGUCUUAUUUCUCUAAACAAUUUUUCAUUGAAAGUUUGAAAAAAAUCCUACGAUGAAACCCAUAAGAACGUGGAGCAUUUCAGUAUUGCGUGAAUUUAAGAAUAGAAACCAAAGCUCAACACAUUUAAAUAUACUGUGUUGGUGUCAAUCUAUGCAGUAAUAAGCACUGAAUAACUUUCUUUAUUUUUAUACAGUUUUCUUUUUUACCUUAAUUAAAGUUCUAAAAAGACCACCUGAACAAAUUGUAAUAAAACAAAUCUAACCUAUAAAGCACAUUACUGUUAUAUUUUAUUUUUAAA